GGGCUGGAGGACCGGCCGCGGACAAAGCGGCGGCCCCGCCCCGCCGUGCUCCGGGGGCCGGAACAAAAGGCGCCCCUGUGCGGCCACCCCGGGGCCGUCCGCCCCGCUUUGUGUCUGCACCUCCGCGGACUGAGCCCUCCCGGGCCCGGCGGUCCCGCUCUGGCCGGCGUCGCCUGGGUCCGUGGGGGCGUCGGCCCCUGGUCUGUGCCUCGAUCUGGUGUCCAGAGCAGCGCGGGGGGGACAGGCAGCCGGAGCCGCGUUUAAGGCCUGGGCCGGCUGCGUGGAAGCCUGCAGCGGUUUGAAUGGCCCCGGGGCCUGGAGGGGAGGGGCCGAGGAGAGCGGGGAAGGGUCGGUGGGGGGCAGGGGCUGCGUCCACCCCGAGUGCGAGUGUUUUCCGUCGUUCCUGGCGUGCAGGUGGACACACCUGCGGGAACCAGGCGUUCACAGGCGUGUGCACAAGGGUGGCUCAGCCUCGCUUGGUGGACAUUUGGCAAAGAAGUCUCUGUCCAUCCUCAAGGUCGCAGCUGCGUGCGGCCCCCACCGCUGCACAUGCUUGUGCGGGGCGCGCCCUCGUGAGCUCUGCCCCUGUGUGCGCCUCCGUCGGGCCGCCAGGCCUUGCACAGCACGUGGGGGUGAGCCGUGCCCCUGGGCUGUGCGUGGUGCCUGCAUGUAGCCUACCGAUGGAUGCACGCAGGCGUGUGCACGUGCCACUCCUGUGUGGGUUCACGCACUGUUAGCCACGUCACCAACAGACACACGUCAGCCUGUACGCGCGUGUGCCACCACUGGGUGUGCGUCGGUGUGUGUGCACUCCUUCGACACACUUGUAUGUGUGGUGCCACUGUGCAGGCAUGUUUGUGCAUGAACGUGUUUGCACAUGCGUGCUUGGUCGUGUGUGCGCGCGUGUGUGUUUGUGUGUGUGUGUGUGUGUGUGCGCGCGCCUGCGCGCGCGCUGGGUUUCUUGGGACCUGCUGGCAAGUCAGCCUGUGUGUGGAGGCAUGGGGGGGGAGCCUCAGCAUCCCUGGAGCCCUCCCCAGGAGGCCUCAGGAUCCUUGGAGUGGGAGGCUUGAGGCAGCCAGAAGAGUGGUCCCUGGCCCUGGGCAGAGGAACUGGGACUGCCCUCUGCUCUCCCAUCUUCCAUUGCUGACUGGGAAAAGGGGUUGAACAACUCAGGCACCCCACGAUCCUGCGUUGAGGACCCAGGCUGCUGUGGGGAGGCGUGGGAUGGCCUGCCUGCUGGGGGCUGAAGCACCCACCUUCUCCCUGCUUCCUCUCUCAAAAGCGUAACGGACCUUCUCCCCAACACGGAGGGGCUGUGCUGCUCUGCCCGGUCAGGUGGGGUGCUGGAACCCACUCCCCUCUGAUGGGCUUCUGUAGAGCAGGUUACAGGAGCUGGUUAUGGGACCUGUGGGGCUGCGGUCCGUACUGCGGGGCGGCUGGCCAGGCGUUUGCGGGUGGGCUGCCAUAGGAAACUGCCUCACCCCCGCCGGGCAUGGACUGAACUGGACGCUGGUCUUGGGCCACAGAAGCCUGACCCAGUGAGUUUUGGGGUUAGGCUGUGAUUUAACUGGGGCUUGAGGGGCUCCCGGAGGCUGAACUGGGGGUCUCCUGAAUGCCCAUUCUCAGGGGCCCCUGAGGGUGUAACUUGAGCUUCCUGGCCUUCCACGGGGCUGGGAGGCUGGGCAGGGUGGGCGAGAGGACGUGGUCAGUAAUGUGGAGCCUGGUCACCCCCGUCCUGGAAAGUGGGACCCUGUCUGUACCCUCCUGGUUUGGGGAGGGCCUAGUGGCAGCCCGGAUACAGUGGGUGGGGGGCCGGGGAGCCUGCCUAGGGGAACCGCCUGGCCUCUGUUCAGCGUGCCCCUCCCCUGGGUGGGGCGUCAGGAGCUGAGUCACAACUUUGGAGGUGGGGGCAGCCUCACCCUCCUCCCCAUCCUCCAAGCUGCUGAGGAAGCCUGGGCUGAGCACAGUAGAGGAGGCCCAGGUGCCCAGGGCUGAGGAUGGGAGAGCUCAGGGGUUUCUGCCAACGACCACCCUGUCCCCAUGAGCAUGACUGCGAGCUCCGGGGUGCAGCUCCCCCUUUCCAGCUCUCGAGGGACACAGGUGCCCCUGGCCCAAGGGCAGCAGCUUUGGGUGCAGCUGUCCCUGCAUCCGGCCCUGCUCAGGGGUGGCUGCAAAUCCUGGGGCGUGGCUCUCUGCCGCAUUCUCCCGGGCGAUGGUCUCUUCUGGGUUCUGGGAUCCUCCAGGGGAGGGGAGAAGCUGAGGAAGAGGUGGGGCUCCAGGGGCUGCAGGCUGGGCCCAGGUGGUCAGCAGAUACCACAGCUAGCCUCCCUGCAUUCCCUCCUGCUUUGGGAUUCAGAGUCCUUUUAGCCCCUCGGGAACAGGUGAGGGCUGCUCAGAGAGGACCUGGUGUCCUGCUGGGUGGUUGGGACCCUCCAAGGUCCCUGACUGGGCAGCCUGGCGCCCGAGGCCCCAGAUCCUAAUUGAGGACACGCGCCAUGCAACCUGAAGGCCCCUCCCCACAGGCCUGGGACACUUGGCAGCAAGGAUGAAGCACCGUGGGCCCCGAUGGCUUCUGCUGCCCGACCCCUGCCCGAGAUCUGACCCUGGAGUCCUGCACCCCGUCCUGGCCCCAGCCCGGGCCCUCUGAUGCCCAAUCCCCAGGAGGCCGGCUGGCCCAGCUGGCCAGCUGAGCUGAUUGUGUGGCAUGCGUGGCUGCGGGGAUCCUGGCCCUGUUCCCCUGUUUCCUGCUCCCGGAGGGGGGUGGUCACGUGCCGAUCCGUCUGCCUCCGGUCUUCCGGGGAUUCUCCCGCGGAGGCGUCUCUGGUGAUGUCAUGACUUAACUCUUCUCUCCCCAGGCAGCCCCACUGUCAGGCUGUUCUGGUGGGAGUGGCUAUGAGGAGGAUGGCCCACCCCUCUUUCUGGACUGCACCGCUUUGCAGUUGUGAGGUUGGGGGAGCCAGCGGUGUCUUUUUUCAUCUGGUCUGAGGCCAUCUGGCGCUGCCAGGACCAAGAGCAGCCACCCUGCCGCCCCCACCCCAUCCUACGGUGCACGGGCACCAGGCCUGGGUGGGCUGCAGGAGUGCAGAGGGGGCCACCAUCGACGAGGUGGAGACGGACGUGGUGGAGAUUGAGGCCAAACUGGACAAGCUGGUGAAGCUGUGCAGCAGCAUGGUGGAGGCCGGCAAGGCCUACGUCAGCACCAGCAGGCUGUUCGUGAGCGGCGUCCGGGAGCUGUCCCAGCAGUGCCGGGGCGACACUGUCAUCUCGGUGAGGGGCUGGCUGACCUCUGACCUCAAGGAAUGUCUGCAGAGAUUUGGUGACAGCCUGCAGGAGGUGGUGAACUACCACAUGAUCCUGUUUGACCAGGCCCAGAGGUCCGUGCGGCAGCAGCUCCACAACUUUGUCAAAGAGGACGUGCGGAAGUUCAAGGAGACCAAGAAGCAGUUUGACAAGGUUCGGGAGGACCUGGAGCUGUCCCUGGUGAGGAACGCCCAGGCCCCGAGGCACCGGCCCCACGAGGUGGAGGAAGCCACCGGGGCCCUCACUCUCACCAGGAAGUGCUUCCGACACCUGGCCCUGGACUACGUCCUCCAGAUCAACGUCCUGCAGGCCAAGAAGAAGUUUGAGAUCCUGGACUCUAUGCUGUCCUUCAUGCACGCCCAGUCCAGCUUCUUCCAGCAGGGCCACAGCCUCCUGCACCAGCUGGACCCCUACAUGAAGAAGCUGGCGGCCGAGCUGGACCAGCUGGUGAUUGACUCUGCGGUGGAAAAGCGUGAGAUGGAACGGAAGCACGCCGCGAUCCAGCAGCGGGUGAGGCCGCGCAGCCGGCUCCCAGCGCUCCGGGUGCCCGGGAGGCCCCUGCGUCCUCACCCCACGCCCGGGCACACACUCCCGCCUUGUCCUCCCAGCCUGUCUCCCACCUGCCCUGCCCAUACCCUCUCUAGGGCACAGAGGCUGCUGCCCUUUGAUGUGUGCAGUGGAGGGGCGUGUGUGGGUGGGGUCUCUGCUGGGCUGCCACUGGGACCCGCAUCUCCUUCCUUUGAGGCUGUGGUCACCUCUUUGGCCUCAGUCACCGGCCCCUUGUGGGACCUUUGCUUGCCUGCCAGACGGCAGCCCCUGCCACCACCCAGGGCAGAGGUUGGCUGCAGGCAGGAAUGGCUAUUUUGGGUCAAAAGAGAGCCCCUCGGGAGUUGGGGACGGGUCCGCCAGUCGCCAGGAGUUGGGGGCAGCUGUCACUCACUGGCUCUCUCCCCACCUCCUCCUGCUCCGGCCCUUCAGACACUGCUGCAGGACUUCUCCUACGAUGAGUCAAAAGUGGAAUUUGACGUGGACGCGCCCAGUGGGGUGGUGAUGGAGGGCUACCUCUUCAAGAGGGCCAGUAACGCUUUCAAGACCUGGAACCGGCGCUGGUUCUCCAUUCAGAACAGCCAGCUGGUCUACCAGAAGAAGCUCAAGGACGCGCUGACCGUGGUCGUGGAUGACCUCCGCCUGUGCUCUGUGAAGCCCUGCGAGGACACGGAACGCAGGUUCUGCUUCGAGGUGGUGUCACCCACCAAGAGCUGCAUGCUGCAGGCCGACUCUGAGAAGCUGAGGCAGGCCUGGGUGCAGGCCGUGCAGGCCAGCAUCGCCUCUGCCUACCGAGAGAGCCCCGACAGCUGCUACAGCGAGAGGCUGGACCGCACGGCAUCCCCGUCCACGAGCAGCAUCGACUCCGCCACCGACCCUCGGGAGCGCAGCGUGAAGGGCGAGAGUGUGCUGCAGCGUGUGCAGAGCGUGGCCGGCAACAGCCAGUGUGGUGACUGUGGCCAGCCGGACCCCCGCUGGGCUUCCAUCAACCUGGGCGUGCUGCUCUGCAUCGAAUGCUCAGGCAUCCACAGGAGCCUGGGUGUCCACUGCUCCAAGGUCCGGUCCCUGACGCUGGACUCGUGGGAGCCAGAGCUGCUAAAGCUGAUGUGUGAGCUUGGAAACAGCACUGUGAACCAGAUCUACGAAGCCCAGUUUGAGGGCACAGGCAGCAGGAAGCCCAGCGCCAGCAGCCCCCGGCAGGACAAGGAGGCCUGGAUCAAGGACAAAUACGUGGAAAAGAAAUUUCUGCGGAAGGCACCUGUGGCGCAAGCCCGGGAGGCCCCAAGACGCUGGAGGGCGCAGAAGUGCCUGCGGCCCCAUAGCUCUCCCCGCGUCCCCGCUGCCCGCCGCAAGGUCCGGCUUGAGCCUGCCCUGCCCUGUGUGGCCGCUCUGUCCUCAGCGGGCACCCUGGAGCACAGGUUCCGCCGGGACUCCCUCUUCUGCCCUGACGAGCUGGACUCCCUCUUCUCCUACUUCGACGCAGGGGCCGCGGGGGCUGGCCCUCGCAGUCUGAGCAGCGACAGUGGCCUUGGGGGCAGCUCAGAUGGCAGCUCGGAUGUCCUGGCUUUCGGCGCGGGUUCCGUGGUGGACAGCGUCACUGAGGAGGAGGGCGCGGAGUCGGAGGAGUCCAGCGGCGAGGCGGACGGGGACGCUGAGGCCGAGUCCUGGGGCCUGGCGGAUGUGCGCGAGCUGCACCCGGGGCUCCUGGCACACCGUGCGGCGCGCGCUCGCGACCUUCCCGCACUGGCAGCGGCGCUGGCCCACGGGGCCGAGGUCAACUGGGCGGACGCGGAGGACGAGGGCAAGACACCGCUGGUGCAGGCCGUGCUAGGGGGCUCCUUGAUUGUCUGUGAGUUCUUGCUGCAAAACGGAGCGGACGUGAACCAAAGGGACAGCCGGGGCCGGGCCCCCCUGCACCACGCCACGCUGCUGGGCCGCACGGGCCAGGUCUGCCUGUUCCUGAAGCGGGGCGCGGACCAGCACGCACUGGACCAAGAGCAGCGUGACCCGUUGGCCAUCGCGGUGCAGGCGGCCAAUGCCGACAUCGUGACGCUGCUCCGUCUGGCUCGCAUGGCCGAGGAAAUGCGCGAGGCCGAGGCUGUCCCGGGCUCCCCGGGCGCCCUGGCGGGAAGCAGCCCCACGGAGCUCCAGUUCCGCAGGUGCAUCCAGGAGUUCAUCAGCCUCCACCUGGAGGAGAGCUAGGACCGGGCAGGCCGGGCAGUUGCCGCCCCGCCCGGCCCGAAGCCCCCGGCGCCCACCUGGCCGCGGCCCUGCCAGUGACCCGCGGGCCAAUGCCCCGCAGACCCAGUGCCGGGGCGCUUCGGGCCCCGCUCUCCCAGGAGGAGCGCGAAGCCCCACCCAGCACUGAGUCUCUUGGAGCUUCACGUUUCCCUGGGGGUGCUGCAUUGUCGGGUGCCCCUGACCCCACCUGGGGAACCUCUGUCUUCAGGUCACACCUUUUCAGAGGCCUGGGUUGCUCAUGUCACAAGCCACUCUUGAGACCCGUGUCACCUGUGUCCCCUGUCCUCAGGGCCUGUCACUUAGCGCCCCACUGCUACCCAGAACACUGACCUGCUAGCUGGGUCCCUGCUGCACACCCCAGAGCCCCUCCUAGGUCAGAAGGGGUGGCCCAUCCAGGGAACCAACGAGUACCUCACUUAGUGACCCCAGCAUUCAGGCUGGCAUCACAGGUGCUGGGCGGAGGGGCUCUGGCCUGGGUCCUCAGCCCUGGCUGGACGCGGGCGUCCCAAGGCCACGUGGCUGGCCAUGAAGGUCCCCGUGCCAGACUGCCCCAGCACGUCCCUGCCUCCUCUGGAGGCUCCUUCUCCCGGUACUCACCCAGAGCCUGUGCAUAAAGCCACUUUGCCACUUUCCACCCAGAAUCUUACGUUCUUUGUAGCGCAUCGAGGGGGUUUUCUACAGACCUUGUCUGUCUUGCGUCUUUUCUCUGUGGACUCUUGAGGACCCCUCAACCCCAGCCCUGCCCCUGGCCAGCCUCACCCUUGGGUCCAGGGGUCCCUCAGCUCAUUUUGCAGGGGUCACCAAUGCCUUCACGCAUCCUUUCCCCGAAGAUGCCCGGCAGGGAGGCGGAGCUUCCCCCACUCUGCCCAUGUCAGGCUAAGGCCGGUUGGCUGGUCACUAUGCAAUGCUGUCCCGGGGAGGCUCCAUGAGGGCACAGUGGGUGCUGGGCCUGGACCCCCAACUCCCUUGCCUGCUGCCUGUGACCCUGAAGAACAGAAUUGACUCUUGCCCCUCCCUGCGUGAGCCUGGCCCUCCCUCCUGCCCCGGGCGCCUGCUGACGGGUCUCCCCCACCUCGCUGUGAAUAAACCGCUUCGCCCACUGCCUG